GUUUGGAUAUUCAAGAAGAAACAAAGAAACAUAAAAAAAUCGAAAUGUGAACGCAAAAUCGAGGCUUUUAAUCUUUAGAACUCAGCUUUCUCCUUCUUAUGGGAUCAACAAAAAGUCUGCCCUCUCUCUCUGUCGUACUACUUCCGAAACAUCUUCUCGAGCAAAUGGGUUCUUCUCCGGUUUCAAUCUGCGAUGCGCGACGGCUUGUAAUCGGGAAGUCAAACGGAGAUCUGUCGUCGAGAGAGACAACGGAGGAAGAAGACUACGCUGUGUUGUUCUCCGGUGAGGAGGAAGGAGAGUGGUGUGGAGAGAAUCGUUUUUGUUUCUACUUUGUUAAGCAGUUUGCUUACGAUGACCCUGAGAUUAAGGCUAAGAUCGAUGAAGCUGAUAAUGAGAUUUAUAAUUGUAACAGUGAGAGGAUUCACAUUGCUAACAGUUUGAAAGCCAAAAGGGCUGAGAGAUUGUCUUUGGUUGCUUCGUUGGAGAGUUUGACAAUGGAUCAAGAAGUUAACAGCUUGAGGGAGAGGUUAAGUGAGGUUAACAUGGAGAUGGAGUUGUUGGAUGCUCAAUUGGGUCGUGUGAUUGAUCAAAGAGACAGAGCCUUUCAAAGGAUUAAGUUCUUGAGGAUCCAACGAGACAAAGGGAAUGCUGCGUUUUUCCAGAGCCGUGUUGUCAUGAAGAAGGCUAUAGAGUUAGCUGCUUCUGGAAACUUUAGAGAUCUUGAAGAGCUUGCUAACUCCGAGGUUGAUAAAUUUAUGUCUCGUUGGAACAAUGACAAAGCUUUUAGGGAGGAUUACAAGAAAAGAAUCUUGCCUUCACUUGAUGAGCGGAUUAGGAGCUCAGAAAGUGAUGUAGAUACUGAGGAUAGAGAUGAAACAGUGGGGAACAUGGAAAUAGAAUUCAAGAGGUUUAGUAAUGAGGAGGAGGAGGAGGAGGAGGAGGAGGAGAGUGAUGAGAAGGAGGAAGAAGAGACUUUGAAGGAGAAGAAACGAGAAGAGCAGCUAGAGAAAGCUAAACUAGCGAUGGAAAGGAAAAGGAAGCUACAUGAGAAAGCUGCUGCUAGAGCUGCCGCAAGAGAUAAGAAGGAAGCUGAGAAGAAACUCAAGGAGCUUGAGAAGAGAGCUAAGAAGAAGAAGAAGGAUCUAGAGAGAACGCCAGAGACAGUCACUGAGGGAUCAGAGCAGGAGAAGAAUAGUAAGGAGAAACCACUAAAUGGGAGAUCAGCGAGUUGUAAACAGAGAAGUCUUAGGUACAGACAUCACAAGAAAGGAAACGACACUGUUCCUAAAGCCAUCUUAAAGCGUAGAAGAGCUCACAGGUUAUGGGUUUGGAGUGUUUUCUCUGCUGCACUUGCGCUCGCUCUAGCUCUCUUCAUUGUCUUCUAUUACCUUCGAUAAGUUAGAUUAGAAGCUGAUGGGAUUGGCAACAACGUCUGUCUUGUUUAGUGUCAUAAAAUUUCAGAGUAGCCAAGAAAUUUGCAUUCAUAGAGAGUUAUGAGGCCUCUCCAUGGAUUCAAAUGUCUUGACCAUCUUGAAAUUCAUGAUUCUAAACACAGACAGUUCGUAGUUUAUAUGUUUAGAUCUGUUUGUUGACUUUUAGGAGACCAAGAAUGCACUCUCUUAGUGGUGAGUAGCUUCAUAUUUGUAUAUACAUGGAAUCUUUUACAUAAACAGAACUUGUGGAUUGACACCAA